AGGGAUAGUCUACUAUUCUAUUAAUAGUCUAUUAAUUUAUCGGAGUAUGGGGGUUUCAGUUACCAGCCUAUAUAUUUAAAUAUAGAUUCCAUGUCUGCAAAACUAAUAUUUUAAAUGAAAUACUGAUAACUAAUCGAUAUUGAAUCGAAUCGAAAUCGCCAAAAUGGUCUCAAAACCUAUAUAACACUAUUUCCUAACCAAACACGAUGCGAUGAGAUCCCUGCGAUAAACAAUUUGACUGUCUAAACCUAACGUGAAAAAGGGGCGGGGCGCGACAAUAAAUCACAAACCCAGCCAAUCAGAACAGUUUUUCUCUGUCCACGCACCUGAAGAGUGCACAUAGAGAGAUGCUUCCUGUUCUCAUGACGACUUCAGUGAUGCCUCACCGGACGCUAUGCUAUAAUUUCAGAAUUUAAACGUAUGGAAUCAAACGAAUAUAGCCUGUCCUCUUAUCCAUAUUUGGCAAUUAAUAUUCAUGAGUUGCAGCACUUGAGAGAUCGAAUGAGAUCAUUGUGUGGGCGGAGCUGUCAGCCGCGACGUCGCAGAAAUAGAAAUCGUUUCUCGUCGCGCAGCGCUGUCGUGGCUGGUUAGGACGAAACCUCUGAUUAAUAUGCAAAAGAUUCCCUUUAUCGCGUGUCACGGCAUCGCAUCGCGUUUGGUUAGGUAUAAGGCAUAAAAUAUGACUGCGUAUAUGAUGGAUUUAAUUAACAGAAGAAUUCAAUAGACUGCAGAACUAUUAUCACAGGUAAUAAAAGAACGAUUUUUUUGAUCAAAUUUGUAUUUAACAAUAUUAAAUCAGUUGGUUCCUUUAGUAAAUAAAUAUGUUGUACCAGCAAUGUCCAAAAAAUGUUUUUUUGUUCGAGAAAUUUCAAAUGUGGUAAUAAUUUGCAAACAGCAAUGUUCACAAGAGAUUACCUGAACAUUUAUUCCCACUUCAAGCACUGCCUUCAAGUUGUUCCAAACCUGUAUGAAUUUCUUUGUUCUGAUGUACACAAAGAAAGACAUUUGGAUGAAUGUUUGCAACUGAGAUUUCUGGGGCACCAUUGACUACAGAGAGAAAAUUAUUGUAUAUAUUUAUUUGUUCUGUUAAACACAAAAGAAGAUAUUUUGAAGAAUUAAGGAAAACAGACAGUUCUGAGGCACUUUUGACUACCAUUUCUGACUAUCCCAGAAAUAUCAGUUGUUAACAUUUUUCCAAAUAUCUUCCAUCAAAACUAAGAAAUGUAUACAGGCACAACUUGAGGGUGAGUAAUUCAUGACAGAAUGUUAAUUUUUGGGUGGAGUAUCCCUUUAAGCAUAGACAGGUACAGUGAUUCCCAACCAAUACGAAUGCUUGAAAAAGUUGUAUUUGUUUUGUUAAACCUAUAACACAGACAAAUGUGGGUGUUGAAAUAACAAAUAAUGAUUGAUUUAUGUUUUACAGUUGAAUUUUAAGGAAUGCUGUGCAAGUUUUAUACAUUUUUGUUGUAAGCAGAAUAUAGAUGCUAUUUAUAGAAAGUCAAUCCAGUAAAAUGAGUAUGAACACAUUUUUGUUUGGGGACGAUGAAGGGGUACAUAAGCCCACCAGAGAGGCUGCGGUGGAACAUAAGAGUGAAAAGGUGUCUCUUCUCUCUUCCUUUUUGCUGGUCACAGAGGCGUAGCCCGAGUCUGGCAAAGAGAAAUACACCUAGUGAAGAAAUUGCACGACCGAGACGUGCUGUUCCGACACCUGUACCAGCUCCCGCCUCUUCCCCAACACGUGCACCUGCUUCUGCACCUGCUCCAAAGCCCACUAGUAAUAAGAAAUCUCCAGUGCCAGAGGAUGCAACAGCCUUAUUUGGUCCACCACUGGAAACAGCCUUUGAUGAUGAUGAGAAGACAAGUGAAGUGGUGAUAAAGGAACCUGAGGUUUGGGGUGCACCCCUGCCUGAGCAACGCCCAGACUCCUCUCUGGCAACACCUUUUCCUACAGGAACGCUGCCUCCGCUUCCGCCUAAGAAUGUGCCGACCUCCCCCCCUCCAAGUGAAUCUUCAUCUGCAGAACCUUCCGAUGUGCAGAAAGAAGAGGACAGUUCAAGGCUGGCCACACAGAGGCCUUCAAUAGCUGAUCUGGACAACAUAUUCGGCCCAGCGGAUUCUUCAAACCCCGGUCAGGAUGCUGGAGACCAGUGGGUCUGCUUCAAUGACGAGUCACCUGAAAAACGUCCUCAAGAGGCAGAAACAGCACCUCCUCUCCCCUCAUCUCCACCUCCCCCAUCAGAACCAGCACCCCCGUUACCAAAAUCCCCCCCUCCGUCAGAGGAGCCUAACCCUCCUUUACCAAAAUCACCCCCACCUCAUGUCGAGCCUAUACGAUCUCCUCUUUCCAGUGAGCCACCAAGGAAUAGUCCUCCUCCACCACCUCCAACAGUUCCUCCUGUUCCCAAAGACACUAGUCCUUCGCCACCAACUAUCCCACCUCCUCCCGCUGAAGAUGCCCCACUCCCACCAACUCCAAAUGAUCCAAAGUCCCUCCCUUCCACAGAUUCAUUGCCACGUGCUUCUUCAACGGACACACAGCCAGACUCAACCAACAGCUCACCGUCUACUGUAGAGACAAAUGCACGCACAAUCCCUCCCCCCUUGGUUAUAAACCAGGAGGACAAGAAGAGCCCAGAGGAGACCCCUUCAAAAGAGGACCUGACUGAGAGCAGUGCGUCACCCAAAGAGAUCGGGCAAGGACCACGUUCAACACCACCCCCUCCUCCACCUCCCACAUACAGGGCGGUGGUGUCAUCCCCAGGGCCUGUUCCUCCAGCUGGUACAGGUGGAAGUGAAAGUGGCUCCACCUCCCCUACACGUCCCUCUGCACCAUUGGCUACCAGCAGCUCCCCUCCUCCCCCUCCCCCGCCACGGCCACCCUCACGACCCAAACUGCCUCCUGGGAAACCAAGUGUUGGGGACAUGAAUCGACCGUUCAGCCCCCCUGUACACUCGUCCAGCCCCCCACCACUGGCUCCGUUGGCUCGGGCAGAGAGCACCUCUUCCAUCUCCUCCACCAACUCUCUGAGCGCAGCCACCACGCCCACCGUCGGUAAAGAGCUCUCCGUUUCUGUGUCAGAAGAUGACGCUUUUGUAGACAAACUUCCCAGCUUUGAGAGACGGGCAGACAUGCCAGCAGAGACAGACCAGCCCUCCCUCGUAUGGUUUGACCGAGGCAAGUUUUAUUUAACCUUUGAAGGUUGCUCUCGAGGGCCUAGUCCUCUUACAAUGGGGGCACAGGACACACUGCCUGUGGCCGCAGCUUUCACAGAGACUGUGAGCGCUUUCUUCAAAGGAGCUGAUCCUAAUAAGUGUGUGGUGAAGAUCACAGGAGAGAUGGUGUUGUCCUUCCCGGCGGGCAUCACUCGGCAUUUUGCAAAUAACCCCUCACCUGCUGUGCUAACCUUCAGCGUAAACAACUACAGUCGUCUGGAGCACGUCCUCCCUAACCCCCAGUUACUGUGCUGUGACACGACACAGUCCAAUCCAAACUUAAAAGAGUUCUGGGUGAACAUGCCAAACCUGAUGACCCAUUUAAAGAAGGUGGCUGAGCAGAAACCACAAGCAACAUACUACAAUGUUGACAUGCUGAAGUAUCAGGUGUUGCCCAAAGGUCUACAGUCCACGCCUCUGAAUCUGGCGGUGAGCUGGAAGUGUGAGCCCACCAGCACUGAUCUGAGGAUAGACUACAAAUACAACGGUGGGGCCAUGACCACUCCUGUCGCUCUCAACAAUGUUCAGUUUCUUAUCCCGGUGGAUGGAGGAGUCAGCAAACUGCAGGCUGUGCUUCCCCCAGCUGCCUGGAAUGCAGAGCAGCAGCGAAUCUUGUGGAAAAUUCCAGAUAUUUCACAAAAGUCGGAAAACGGAGGAGUUGGAUCUCUACUGGCUCGCUUCCAGCUCACCGAGGGUCCCAGUAAACCCGCCCCAGUGGUAGUGCAGUUCACCAGCGAGGGCAGCACUCUGUCAGGCUGUGACAUUGAGCUAGUCGGCCUUGGAUAUCGAUUUUCUCUCAUCAAGAAGAGAUUUGCAGCAGGAAAAUACCUGGCAGACAUCUGAACAACAUGAUCCAUUCAAGUCUGCAUAUUUUGGACCAAUUACGAAUAUUGAGAACACAGGACAGAUCACAACCCUGGCCCGUACUUGACCUAAUGGAUAAACCUUUAUAGAUGUACAACACGGGUGGACCUCCCACACUCCAGCAGUAUUAAAUGAGUUGCAUUAUAAAAUUGUGGACCGUUUUAGGGUGUACUUCUUUAUAUCCGUGAACUGUAUUCACAUCUGUAUACAGCAGUUAAACAGCCUGGGUUCGUUCGUAAGGUUUAGCCUCUUUUCUGUCCAAUGUGUCGUUGGCUGUGCCUAACUGAACCUGAAUUCUCUGUAUCCCUCUCCAGAUGUGGUACUAAAAAUGUAUUGUUUUUAUUACUCUAUGCAUUAGAUUUGUCUAAGGUCUCACCGUUUUAAAACAAGGUAGCAAAAAUUAAUCUGGUUGAAAAAAGAAGCUGGCUCUGUCUAAACAUGCUGUCAGAGAGAUGAGCCUCUCUACCACUAGAUGGCGCUAUAUUGAUGCAUGUAGUAUGACGUCUGCACAGGAUUUGGUUUUGUUCAUGCUUCAUUAGUCAUAAAAAUGUACUUCAGGAAUUUCACAUUUAAUUCAUUGAGUACAUUCAGGUUGAAUUGAUUAAUUGGAAAACAAUAGAAAUUUGUAGACAGCCACAACAAGACUCCUGCUUGCAAUAGACACCCCAAAACAAUUUUCCUUAACAUAAAAUGUCAUUUGAAAUUAAUAAUAUAUAUCUUGAAAGCCGUUCAGUGUUUUCUUGUAUUGUUAUAUAGCCUCAGAGUACAUGACAACAUUCUAUUUUUAUUUAUUCAUUGUUGUAAAAAAGUGACACUGUAUAUGAAUAGACUUUGAAUGGCAUCACAAUUUAGGACUUUUUGUUAUUUGUGUAGUUGGUUAAACUGUGUACAGUAUAUUGCUGAGGUAUAAUUUUUAAAUUGAU